UGUUGAGAAAUCACAAUGGUGGCGAUGACAAAAAGAGUCAAGGUCUUCGAGAUCGUUUUCAACGACCCAUCCAAGAGCUUUUACUGCAGUGGAGAUAAAGUGUCGGGGAAGAUCUUGGUGGAGGUGUUGGAGGUGACCAGGGUGACGGUCAUGAAGGUCCUGGGCGUCGGAUGCGCUAAAGUGGAGUACGCUAAAGGCAAACAGAGAUGCCGUGAAGAAGUCGACUAUCUGAAGUAUGAAGAGGUUGUGCACCUGGAUGACCAACCAACAGACACAGAUGGUUCAGUCAUUCUCCGUCCUGGAAACAAGUACGAAUACACCUUUGGCUUUGAGCUUCCUCAACAAGGACAACUGGUGUCUUCCUAUAAGGGCAAGUUUGGGUUCGUUCAAUAUUUCGUGAAGGCUCUGAUGGAAAGCCCCGCUCAGCCUGCCAUGGAGUGCAGGAGGCACUUUGAGGUUGAGGAGCCCUUGGAUGUCAACACCCCAGACUUGCUGUCGCCUACCGGAGGCAUGAAGGAGAAGAAGGUCACCUGCAUGUUCAUCCCAGACGGCCAGGUUUCUCUGAACGCCAAAAUCGACAGGCGUGGCUUCUGCGAAGGUGAAGAAAUCUCCAUAGAUGCCAAAUUUGAGAACACCUGCUCUCGCAUCGUGGUACCCAAAGCGGCCAUCAUCGCCAAGCACACCUACCAGGCCAACGGCCGCACCAAGGUCUUCAGGCAAAAACUCUCCUCAGUACGUGGCAACCACAUCAUCUCCGGCAUGUGUGACGCCUGGCAGGGCAAGAGCAUCCGUGUGCCCAAGAUCAAGCCCUCCAUAUUGGGUUGCAACAUCAUUCGGGUGGAAUAUGCACUUAUGAUUUACAUGCACAUCCCAGGCAGUGAUAAGUUGGUUCUGGAGCUGCCUUUGGUCAUUGGGACGGUACCCUACAAUGGUUUUGGUAGCCGCACCAACAGCAUGAGCAGCCAGGAUGGUUCUGUCAGCAAUGCAUCGAACAGUUGGGUGUCCCUGCGGAUGCCUUCGUCUGCCCCACCAAGCUACUGUGACACUACACGUGACUGCAGCCUGGACCAACCUCUCACACCUCUGUUGGAUGACUAUGAUGGCGGAGACAGUCCCAUCUUCAUGAACGCACCCAAAUUCCAGUUCCCCACACUCCCUACUUAUUCUGAGGUGGAGGAGGAAUACAACGGGAACUCCCGCAUGCUUCCUGUCUGCUGAACAAAUCUGGCAGAGCACUAGAAGUGAACUGUUGCCCAUCAUAAAUGGGCUUCUUUUCCACUCUUAGCACUUCAGGCUUUCACUAUGUGGAUAGAAGCUGGUUUGAGAAGUGUCGUAUGGACGCGUGGAAGUGAAGAUGAAGCGGAGGAUUUUGGGCCCGAGUGGCCCCUCUGCAGGAUGAGCUAGUCGAAGUUCAGAGGAAGAAGGAG